AUCUCAGAGCUGGCGAUUAUCUUCUCUUUUAGGACUUUCUCUGACAGACGUAUUAUGGACCGCUUUGUUGUGGUUUGUCUCCUAGUGUUUUGUCCAGUAAUUAAAGCUGCUCAGUUUGAGAGCGGUCACCACGUUGGAACAGUUACCAGUCACUCUAUCACGGAAGCUUCCGGUAUAUGCGCGAGCAGAACACAUCAUGACGUACUCUAUACACAUAACGACUCGGGUGGCACACACCGGAUUUUUGCCAUAAGCGCUACAUCAGGACAUCGACUGGCUACUAUUUAUAUCAAUGGAGCUCAUAGCCAGGACUGGGAGGACAUUGCUUGUGGUCCGUGUCCCGGGGGGUCGGGGCACUGUAUCUACAUCUCCGACACCGGAGGAAACGCGGGCUAUGACGCCAAUACUAUUUAUAGAAUCCGAGAACCCUCCAGCAUACAUGACCAGAGUGUGAAUCUAGACGGUACUCUGGAAUUCAGCUGGGAUCAACACGAUUGUGAAACAUUAUUGGUGGAUCCACGAGGAGAGGUGUACGUAGUGUCCAAGGUGGGUCCAGGGCACCACGGUAAAUUUGUCCACCUGCCGUCCAGCGCCUGGAAUCAACACCAUCACGUCUGGGUUAACGACGGAGUAUACCUCCCCAUCACCGCCAGCAGCAAUAGUCCAGUUGGAGGGGACAUAUCCCCCCUUGGUACCGAGAUCCUGUUAAAAACCUAUGGUCACGUGUACUACUGGCAUAUACCAGAUGGAAACUAUGAAGCCCACAUUCACAACCAACCCCAGGCCCUGCCCUACCGCCCCGAGAGGCAGGGGGAGGCGGUCUGCUGGAAGGCAGAUAACACGGGUUAUUACACACUCUCUGAGGGCGCAAACCAGUCCCUUAAUUUCUAUAGGCGGAUCUCAGCCAUACCCUCAGGGAGCGUGGUGGGUUAAAACUCUGUAUCCACGAAUCUCAUAUUCUCUAUUCAGUGAAAUUAUUGUAUAUAUCCCUUAGUGCU